AUGGAUACACGCUCCUUCUCGCCCGUAUCCUGCACUCUAAUCCACGGCGCCAACUCCGCCGUCCUCGUCGACACCCCAUUCUCCAUCUCGCAAACGGAAGAGGUGGCAGCCUGGAUCAAAACCACUGUCUCGGAAAAGGACCUCCGCUACCUCUACAUAACCCACGGACACGGCGACCACUGGCUCGGAACCGCCACGCUGCGCAAGCUGGGGCCGAAUCUGCGCGCGCUCGCAACGCACGGUAAAGUAGCCCACAUAGCUGAGCAGGCCAAGCCCGAGGUCUUCGAGGGGACGUGGUUGGCUCUGUUUCCAGGCGGACAGAUUCCGGCUGUUGGUGAGAUGGACCUCGCAGAGGCGACGAGUCCCUCGACCUUUGAACUAGAGGGCCACGAGUUCCACGUCGUCGAGGCCGGACACAUGGAUACGUUCAACACGACUGUCCUGCAUGUGCCUAUCAUUCGGCUCGUUGUUGAAGCCGACGCGAUCUAUGGCGACGUACACCAGUAUCAUGGCGAGGCCAACACGACUACCAAAAGGGAGGAGUGGCUGCGCGCACUCAAUACGAUUGAGGCAUUAGACCCACAGAUUGGUUGCGGGCCAUAA